AUGCUACAAACUGGCCUCAUUAUUGGUGGUUGGGACAAGUAUGAAGGAGGAAAAAUAUAUGGAGUGCCUCUUGGAGGAACAAUUUUGGAGCAGCCUUUUGCCAUUGGAGGAUCUGGAUCUACCUAUUUGUAUGGGUUUUUCGACCAAGAAUGGAGGGAAGGGAUGACCAAGGAUGAAGCUGAGAAAUUUGUGGUGAAGGCAGUCUCUCUUGCAAUUGCUCGAGAUGGUGCUAGCGGUGGAGUUGUUCGGACUGUUACUAUAAAUUCGGAGGGAGUGGCAAGAAAUUUCUACCCUGGUGACACCCUUCCACUGUGGCAUGAAGAGUUGGGGCCCCAGAAUUCGCUGCUGGAUUUAAUGUCAACCUCCAGUCCAGAGCCAAUGGUCAGUUGAAAGUAUGAUAAUCAUCUAAAAAGGGUUUGCAGCAAGGGUCCUAGACACUUUCUUGGAUGGUUGUACUUUCCGAAGUUGAAUUAAUUUCUUAUUUGACAGUCUAAACCGUGAUGUGAUGUUGCUUUUAAAUGCUAUAGACCCCAUUGGAUCCCAAAUAGUGUGUCCCCCACCACACACAUCCUCACUAUAACAUUAUGCAACUCUACAUUGGUUACCCUCUGAUAUAUGUAUUUGAACUUUCAACCCUUCAACCCUUUUUUGGGUUUGUGGAUGUUUAGCUACUUGCUCCAAUCUUGCAAUGUUUGCACCGAUGAUUUCAGAGGCGCAUGUUCAUUCAUGGAAAGGUAACAUCAGCA